AUGGGGCACAGAGAGAAGAGGAAUGCGCGAGUAGCAGAGAAUGGGGUACAAAGAGAAGCCGGACGCGCGAAGGAACUAAAGGAGCACAUCGAAGACGAUUUAAGCGGCACUUGCACGCCGUCACUUGUCUUCAGCAGUGACGACGACGAGGAAGCCAACCAAGAUCUCAGCCUUAAGAUUGUCGAGAAAGCCAUGCGAAUGCGAGCAGCCAAGCAUGCGACCCUAAAAGACGGCGUUUCGUCCUCGCAAACACCCGAACCUGUGACCCAAAACAACAGCGUUUCGGAUGCGCCCAGCGCAAUAGGCGAUUCUGAAGUGAUGGAGAAGAAGAAAACAAUUAAGUUGAUGGUUGAGGCUGGGGAUCGAAGUGUUCUUAUAACUGAAGAACCAGAGAUGAAAGAGACAGUCAAGGCUAUUGAGAAUCAUGAGUAUGCGGAAGGAAGUGCAGUUCCGACAGGCGACAAUAUGGUUCUACGAAAGUUGCUUCGGGGUCCAAGGUAUUUUGAUCCACCUGAUAGUAGUUGGGGAGCAUGUUUCAAUUGUGGCGAGGAAGGUCAUGCAGCUGUGAACUGUUCAGUGGCGAAGCGGAAGAAGCCAUGCUAUGUUUGUGGUGGUGUGGGACACAAUGCAAAACGAUGCACUAAAGCACAAGAUUGCUUUAUCUGUAAGAAAGGUGGUCACCGUGCUAAAGACUGUCAGGAGAAGCACACAAAUACUCCUAAAAGCAUUGCAAUUUGUUUAAAGUGUGGAAAUUCUGGGCAUGAUAUGUUUGGAUGCAGGAAUGAUUAUUCACUGGAUGAUCUCGAGGAAAUUCAAUGUUAUGUCUGCAAGAGACUUGGUCAUUUGUGCUGUGUCAAUUCCGAUGAUGCAACAGCAGGAGAAAUUUCUUGUUACAAAUGUGGUCGGUUAGGUCAUACAGGUUUGGCAUGUUCAAGGUUGCGGGAUGAGAUUGCAAAUGGAGCCAUGCCUAGUUCAUGCUACAAAUGUGGUGAAGGAGGGCAUUUUGCUCGGGAGUGCACAAGUUCUCUUAAGGCAUGUUCAAGUUCGUGGGAUGAUAUUGGAAAUGGAGCCACAGCUAGUGCAUGCUUCAAAUGUGGCGAAGAAGGCCAUUUUGCCAGGGAGUGCACAAGUUCUAUUAAGGCAGGGAAGAGGAAUCGUAACUCAUCACGCACGAACGAUAAAAGAUCCCAUAGAGAAAAUGAUUACAUGGGAAAUAAAUCAGCCCCUAAUGAUAUGGGUGUAGCUCGUAAAAAGAAACGGUCUCUUAAAGAAGAUAGAGGAGGCUUUUCUACUCCCAAGAAAACAAAGAGUCGAGGUGGCUGGAUGGAGGAUCAUCUUACUGAAGAAAGGGGCUUUUCAUCUCCAAAGAUAUCCAAGAGUAGAGGUGGCUGGACAACGGAGCAUCCUUUGGAACCAAAAGGCUAUACAACUCCCAAGAAAUCCAAGAGUAGUAGAGGUGGCUGGACGACAGAGCAUCCUAAAGAAUUCCUUCUUCCCAUGGCCACAAGGAACAGUCAUAGAAUUUCAGGGACACCAUCUUCCAGAAGCACUAAAAUUCAUUCCUUUGGUAGUGGAAGUCAUACUCCAAGUUAUAAAUCUUCCCAGGUAUGGAAUGGUCAUGAUGGAACCCCUAUGUCCCUACGUUCCGCCUGGUCAAAUCGUCAUAGAUUUUCAGCAUCAAGGUUUGACAACUCUAGUAGUGAGGGGAAUGGUAGGAAUUACUCCCGGUGGUAG